CAAUCAGCGUUUGAGCAGCCGGCUAUAUUAUAUCUGUUAUCAGCAGGAAGCCCAGCUUGUUCCUGCAGGCCUUGAAGGGACGACGGUCUGAAAGCCUGGCACACUGUCAUCUACCCACACUUCACAAUAAUGCCUGUCCGAACCGAGUGUGAAUCCGACUCGUCUUGUAUGAGGUUAUCGUUCGAAGAAGUAGGUCGUCUUUCCGUUGUACUGCGCGAAGCAUACCCUGUCCGCGGGUCGGGUCAUUUCCCCACAUUACAAGUUGAACCAUUCGAACUUAUCAAUACAGUCUGUCGCCGGUUUGAUGUGGAAGGCAUUCAAAUAAAGCAAGUGAGAAUGAACGGAAGUGCAGCAAGCUACGUUCUCUGCAGAAGCAAACGACAAAAUUACAACGACCUAGAUUUGGUGUUCAGCGUAGACCUUGCCGACGAGAUGGAAUUUAUGAAAAUACGAACAUCCGUCCUAUCAUGUCUCCUCGAAUACAUGCCGGCUGGAGUCUCCACGGAACGGCUGUGCAGUACAAUGUUGGAAGACGCCUACGUAAAGAAAAUGGUGAAAGUUUUCAACGAACAAGACAGGUGGUCAUUGCUCUCUCUGCGAGGCGAAGGCGGACGCAACUUGGAGUUGAAGUUCGUCGAUAGGAUGCGCAGGGCGUACGAGUUUUCAGUCGAUUCUUUCCAGAUUAUCCUAGAUGACUAUCUCGCUUACAACGUGGCACUGCCUACUAAUUCUUCUACAGAACGACCACUCUCUCCACACUUCUUCCCGACUGUGAUAGUAGAGUCUCUGUAUGGAAAUGUUGAGGAAGCUUUAGACCACUUACACAACAGGACGCUAGCUACAAGAAACCCAGAAGAAAUCCGGGGUGGAGGACUGCUCAAGUAUUGCCAUCUGCUGGUGCAAGGCUUUACUCCUACUGAUGAAUGUAUGUGCAGCGAGCGCUACAUGUGCAGUCGCUUCUUUAUAGAUUUCUCAGAUGUAAACCAGAUGCACACGAAGCUGCAGAACUACCUGGAUGCGCAUCUGUCUUACAACAAAGAGCGCCAGCAGGAGUUUUUGAUGACCUUGUAUGAGGUUGUUAGCAAUUCAACUGUCUGUCUGAUGUCCUAUGAGCACAAGCAAGCUUUGUCUCUCAUUAAAUCUCUUGCCAGGAAGCGGUUUCCGCCUUUGCAUAGAGAGGACAGGGAAUCAACACCAUCAGCAGGUAAAGGCUCCCACUGGCCAUUGAAGAGAUGGUGCCCAGAGCUGAGUUGGUGUGACUUUCAGUUUGUUGCUCUGCCUCAGUGUUGCUACUAUGAAGACGGCAGUCUUUGUUGGCUUGUGCCAGUAGAAGGCCAGCCAUUGUACAUGUAAUAACAUUUGCAGAAAAUACAUAAGAGACAUAAGAGACUGUAUAGUUAACAUUUGCAUGUUCUGGAGUAGAGUCAGUCAGUAUAAUUAUUUUCUCAUUGUGGCAGAUUAGACUUAGUGAGAACUGGAUAGUUUUAUGCCAUCCCUCUGUAGUCUUUGUAAUCUAAUUUUACAUCAGAUCAGCUGAGAGUCAGCAAUAUAAGCAGACUGGUUGGAGA